AAAUUAAAUUGAAAGCAAAAUAAAAACAGUUGACGUAGCUAUUGGUUUGGAAAAAAUAGUCUUAUAGCAAUCGUAAAGCCAAACAAAUUUUGUUUUUAAUUUAAAAUGUAUUAUCUUUCAUUUUUUUGAAAAACAAAUUGAGGUCUAAAAACAUCUUAUAUUGUUUAUAAGAAGUUAACUAAAAUAAACACAAUUAAUUAAAAUUCAUGAGUACAAAUUAGAUACUUAGAAAACAGCUAAAUAUGCCGCUUCCCACAUACGAUGUGCUACUAGAGUCUACAGCAGUAGUCAGUACGGUUUUACAAUUUUUGUCUGGGGUAAUUAUAUGUCGUAAGUACAUAAAAAAGAAAAGUACCGGCGAAUCAUCAGGCCUACCUUUUAUUUGUGGAUUUCUUUCCACUUCGUUUUGGCUUCGAUAUGGUAUGCUCACUGAUGAACGCAGCGUUAUAUUAGUCAAUAUAAUUGGGUCCUUCCUUUUCCUGUGCUACACAAUGAUAUACUAUAUUUUCUCAGUAAACAAAAAGUCCUAUAUUCGACAAUUUGGCAUUGUAUUAUGUAUUUUGUUUAGUGUUUGGUACUAUACUAAUUUGGUUGAAAUCGAAGCGGAAAAAGUUCGUAUUAUGGGUCUGGUCUGCAGUAUUGUCACAGUGUGUUUUUUUGCAGCUCCUCUAACAAUGCUAAUUCAUGUGAUACGUGUAAAGAAUUCAGAAAGUUUACCCUUUGCACUGAUUGUAAUGACAUUUCUAGUGUCCAUUCAGUGGGUCGUAUACGGUGUCGUCAUAUCAGACACUUUUAUACAGAUACCAAAUUUUUUUGGAUGUUUACUUUCAAUGCUGCAACUUUGUCUAUUUGUGGUUUACCCACCUAAAAUAUAUUCUGGCCAAGGCUAUCGCUUGGUUGACCAAGCUCCUAUAUUUUGAAAGAAAAAUAUAGUUGGCUUCUAAAAUAUAUUGAUCGUAAUUGUAGCGAUGAAACAAAUAAU